AUGCCGCCUGCACGAGCCAGACGAGCCUGUACUUUUUGCAACGGUCGCCGCAUCAAAUGCAAUGUGACGGAGUCCAUGCCUUGUCACAACUGCGUCGCAGCCAACGUCGAGUGUCACGUGAGGGAAUCCGGGAGAGGCAAGUGGCCUCGACAGCCCAAGGUACCAAAAACAGGCAAAGAAGUAUCUCCCCAGGCUGGAGUCCACGCUGAGACGGACUGCUCCAUUUUAUCUACGGCUCAGGAGUCAUCCACUGGGCAUGCGCAAAGCGCUGAGGGUGGUCCCUUGGAUCAACCUACUUUCCUUUGCCAGGACAACGAAGUUUACUUGGGUGAAUCGACGCUUUUAGGAGCGGUCCACAGCACCAGACCUGAGCCCAGAUUUCAUCGAAGUAUCAAACCAAGCCUUCGCUAUCCACUUCCUGCAAUAGCCGCCAUCCCUGAAUGGGAACAUCAGCGAAGGAAGCGCAGGUUGGAGACUUUGGCUGCCGAAGGUGCAAUGACGCUUCCAGAAAAAUCCGUUCAGAACGUCCUGUCUAAAGCAUAUUUCGAAUGGUUCCAUGCGUGCUUUCCUGUGGUUGAUAAAAAGACAGCUCUUGACCAAAGUGGCCAAAGUCGUGGAGGAGAUAUCUCGCCAAUGUUGUUCCAGGCGAUGAUGUUUAUUGGUGUCAUUCACUGCAACGCAGAGCAGCUAAAAGAAGUUGGCUUGGGGACUGGCGAAGAAGCAAGGCAUCUAUUCUAUAAUCGUGCCAAAGACCUACACGAUGCUGACGUUGAGUCCAACUCGCUGAUUCAAUUGCAAACUAUGUUCCUGCUAAGUUUCUGGCGCGCCGGACCGCUACUACAAAAGGACUGUCGUUACUGGCUCGGGAGUGCGAUUACGCUCGCCCAAAAGAAAGGUAUGCAUCGAUUAUUCAACAGCGUGGAUCCUAAUCAGAUGAGGCUACGCAAAAGAAUCUGGUGGUCAAUUUACGUAAGGGAGCGUCAAUGCGCUGCUGCCUUAGGCUUGCCAAAUCGAAUUCGCGACGAGGACUGCGACAUCGCUCCUCUUACAACCGAAGAUUUCAAUAACCCUGAAUCUACCCAGUCUCCCUCCACUGCGUUCGGCCUGGUCGAGACGAAUUAUGUGAUUGAAAUGGCAACUCUAGCUAGAUUUCUCGGAAAAAUAGUCUGCAGAGAGUAUACUCCAAACAGCAACCACAGUCCAUUGGGCCGAACGUAUCUAAGGUCCGAGCUCAAUGCUUGGUAUCAACAACUGCCGGAUUGCCUUCGGUUGGACAACAAAGGCGGGGGUUUGUUAGUGGGCAUGCUUCACAUGGCUCAUAAUAAUCUGCUCAUUCUUUUAUCACGACGUGCGUUUAUUGCGGAAGCCCAUGAGUCCAACCGGGAUGAAAGUCAAAUCGCUUAUCAAGCGGCUUGCCAAAUAUCUCGAAUAGCUGAGGAUCUGCUUGCCGAGGACCUCCUUGGCCAUGGUCAGAUUCAUCUUAUUACGUGCCUCUUCAAUGCUUUGUGCAUUCACACAGUGAACUUGCGCCGAGUGAAGGGCACGUCGCGGCUUGUAGCAGAGCACCGGGCCAAAAUUUGUCUGUAUGGACUUCGAGAGCUACAGAAAACCUGGGAAGUCACCAAUUGGAUACUUCAACUUUUCUUCCAACAUUUGGAUCGGUCUGCGGCACAGCUAUUGGAGACAAAAUGGCGAGAAGACGAUGAUAAUCAGGCCAUAUUACCAUCAGAUGGACAUACUGUGUCGUCUGAUCAUCCCAAACUCAGUCCAAUGGAGAGUCUUGUGGAACCCACCGAAUUGGGACUCAACAUGCCAUUUCCUUGGCCUUCUGGUCAAGAUAAUGUGUUUUUGACUGGCCACGAAGGGCAAGACGAAUCUUGGAUUAACGCUUUUUCGUGCCUUGAUGGGAUCACCCCCGUUGAUCUGGAGCUUCUUGCAGGCUGUCUUACUUGA